GCCCCACUUGUUCGCAGUCAGUGGUAGUUAUACCAUUAUGAAUACAACACAUAGAUCUAUAUUAAAAUACUUUCACCCUUUGUGAAUACCAGCAUUUCAUAUUAAACCCGCGUGGUUCGCGAUCGUACGAUAAUGUUGACAAGUUGUUGUAGCGAUAUCCAGGAUCCACGUAACGUGGAGUGAUAGUUACACGGCUAUAUAAUGGAUCUAUGACGAAAAAAUCCAUAUUCAGGCCAACUACGAAAGUGUGCAAUAUGGGAGACCGACUGAAACGCAUGGAGUACAAAAUUCACUCCUACGAUAAAAUAAAAACUUACAACCCAAAGAUUCGGGAUUACAAAGUGCACCUGGAACCCAAGAAGCCCGAGCGAUACAAACUUCCUGAAAAUCGCAAAAUAAACAAUGACACUUACAAAAUAAAAGAUUACAAAAUGAAAGAAUAUCGCUACAAAGAAUACGUCCCGCCUUGGGAAAGAGGAGAGGUACGCAAGAAAAAGAUGAAAGCGGUGGCCAGAUUCCUGCCAAAGAAACCCAAGGAACCGCCCAAGCAACCGCCGCCUCCUGCCAAAACUGAACCGAAACCGAAACCAAAACCGGAGCCCAAACCAAAACCGGUUCCACCACCGCCGGUAGAGAGAAAGGUUAAACCGGAACCCAAGCCGCCGCCACCACCACCACCACCAGCGCCAGUCCGAAGGCCGGAGCCAGCGAGGAAACCGGAGAUUCCAAAGAAGGCGAUGAGAGAUGAAGUGACGCAGACGACACCGCCAAAACCGAUGAUUCCCGAACCACCGUUGCCGGUUCCAGUGAGACAAAGAUACGAAGAGACGGAAGUGAUGUAUCCGCCAAUAGACUUCGAGCGCAGGAAGAGAACAGAGACGGAAGCUAAGGUGUUCGUUAAUGACAGACCUCCACCGACUCCAGAUCUACCGCUCUUUAAACCAACCUAUUCACCCGUGCCGAAAGGUGGGACAACUUAUAACAGACGGUUACAUUCGCCUAGAAAUGUACUGGAGAAUCUUAACUUUUAGAUUCAGAUAACACAAACAGUAUUCCAACAGCAGCAAUAAACCAAAGAAACCGACACUCUGCGAAUGAAAACGAUCAUAACAAAACACACAAUGAUUGAACGAUGUGCUAGCAGAUCUCAUUUCGUGAUUAUUCUUCCUGAUGUCCCCAAAUCAACUUGAUGGACUAAAGAAGAAGUUGAGAAGUCCAAUGUAGUAAUACGAAAAGACUGACUCCAGCAGAAGAUGUUAAAGCGGGGUGCCAACAUCUGGAAUCUUCCGAAAAAUACGGGGAAUUUACGUCCAGAAUUGCGGUAUUGAUGACAAACAUCCGGAUGUCCACGGACUAUGGAACCAGUCAAAAACACUAUAAUGUUUCACACCGUUAUGUAUAUCUAUCAUCACGACUUUCCCCCUGCCAUUUGUUCUGUCAUAAUAGUGUGGUAUUUGUGUUUUUGUUCUUAUGAAUAAGCGCUGACAAACUGAUAAAGGCCAUGUUGCUGUGCACUUUGAUACACGACAGUCAAGAAGUUGGCCUAUUCCAAAUGAAGUAAUUUCUCUACAAGAUAUUUUAAAUAUCUAGAACUCUGGGAACUGACUGGUAUUUAAAAAAAAAAACGAUAUGGUGAAGCUUCUUAGAGUCCCUCCAUUUUUGUUUAGGUAUUCUUGUAGAUUAAAAAAAAACACCCAGUUAGUUUAGUGUAUUUAAAGACACCACUAGAACACAUUGACUCAUUAAUCAUCAAAAUAAUAAAUGAAUAAAGGAACUGUGGAAGGAACAAACGAACCAAUGAAUAAGAGAAUGGAUUGUAUACUAAACGUAGUGUCGGAAAUAGAAUAAAACUGAUUUUCGUCGAUUAUUUCUUUCAUAUUAAACUGACAAGUAAAUAUUUUGUAAAUAUAUAUUUAAUGAUACUCUACCUAAUUUACUACGUACCUGUCUGAGCUCUCAUUGAUGCACAAUGUGGUGUUUACUCUUGAAAUUAAAAGAAAGAUGUCAGUAAACAGGUGAUUUGUGCUCUGUGUGCAGUUUAAUUUGAAAGAAAUAAUCGACGAAAAUCAGUUUUAUUCUAUUUCCUAUACUACUUUUAGCACGUGUAUAUUGAUAACUAGCACGGAAAAUAUAUGGGCUAUAGAAUGAAAGAGAUCAUAAUUGAGUUUAGUUAACUGCAAUAAUGUGAAAAUGCAAUGUGUUAAAAUUAAAAUUACAUGUAUGAAUAAAAUGUAAA